CUCGCCCGGCUUUCUCGCUGUCAAACAGCUGCGGAGGGACGGCCAGGGCCGGAGCCCGAGGGUGCCGGACACCGCGCUGCCUGGAGAGACCAUUCUGACAGUGCACCGUGCGAUUGAAGGCUCCCGGAAUAUUUUGCGGCCUGAGGACCCAAUUCACCCAAGGUGCCACAGGACGUAUUCGUUUCUGCACAGCCCUGGGACCUUCCCGAAUUUUUCAGCUUUGAAGCUACUUGACAUCAAGCCAGUUUUGCAUCGCUUGCCUAGGACCCUUGAACUCUGGAUUUGCACUGCUGAGGGACUGCCCAGUUGAAAUUGCACAAAGCAUAGCUCAAGCUUGCACCGGAAGGAAAGUGAACCUAGGCCACCGUGCGUGGCUCAGGAGUGGGAGAAAUGAUGGAUUCCUGAAGUAGAAGAGGUGGUGUGGAGCGGGCAUUGCCCAUGCUGCCCUGCUUCCAACUGCUGCGCAUAGGGGGCGGCAGGGGCGGUGACCUCUACACUUUCCACCCCCCAAGCGGGACAGGCUGCACUUAUCGUUUGGGCUGCAGGGCUGACCUGUGUGAUGUGGCCCUGCGGCCCCAACAGGAGCCUGGCCUCAUCUCUGGAGUCCAUGCGGAACUGCACGCUGAACGCCAGGGUGAUGACUGGAGGGUCAGCCUGGAGGACCACAGCAGCCAAGGGACUUUGGUCAACAAUGUCCGACUCCCAAGGGGUCACAGGCUGGAGUUGAGCGAUGGUGACCUUCUGACCUUUGGCCCUGAAGGGCCCCCAGGAACCAGUCCCUCGGAGUUCUACUUCAUGUUUCAGCAAGUCCGAGUCAAACCUCAAGAUUUUGCUGCCAUUACCAUCCCAAGAUCUAGGGUAGAAGAGGGAACUGGGACUGGUUUCCGGCCCAUGCUGCCUCCCCAGGGGGCUCCACAGCGUCCCCUCAGCAACCUGUCCCCUGCACCAAAAGCCACACUGAUCCUCAAUUCCAUUGGCAGCCUCAGCAAGCUCCAGUCCCAGCCCCUCACCUUCUCCAGGAGUGGGGGUAGGCCACAGAGCCUGCCUCCUCAUACUCACCAUGGGGAAAGGGGGACCACCCCUUCUGCCCCAACCCCAAGAAAUCGGAGGAAAUCAGCUCACCGAGUGUUGGCAGAAUUAGAUGACGAAAGAGAGGCUCCUGAGAGCCCCCCAGUCCUUAGAGAGUCCAGGAAGAAACUCUGUGUAGAGAAGACCCCACUGACACCCGGUGGAAAUCUACUUGAGCACCCUCCGAAGCACCCAGUGAGCACCCAUGUGACUCCCCAUGUGGUUGGGGGCAGGGAGCCCUGUGCAGCCCCUUGUUGCUGCCUACCCCAAGAAGAGACAGUGGCUUGGGUUCAAUGUGAUGGAUGUGACCUCUGGUUCCAUGUGGCCUGUGUUGGCUGCAGCAUCCAGGCUGCCAGGGAGGCUGACUUCCGGUGCCCAGGGUGUCGUGGGCGUCCAGACCGAAGGCCACCACCGAGGGGCCAGAGGAUAGAGCUGGCUCCUGUUGGCCACAGGUGGACACCGUGGAACACUAGUGGAUCCUAAGAAAUGCCUCUUCUUCCCUUGCCUCCUCAGGAGGGAAUGACUACAGGGCAGGGUCCACUGCUAUGAAUUCAAGGUCUGAAACAGGCCCUCAUGGCCAAGGUGACAGAAGAGAUGGUUUCCUGCCAUGGAUAAUACUGCCUUCAGGAAGUUGCUAGUGAGCUGGAAAUUCCCUGUUACAAGUCAUAGAUCCUACUGUCAUGGACACUAGAAUGUCUGAUCAGAGUGCUUAUCAACUGCAGAGACCAUCCAUGACUGGAAGAUGUGAGACCCAGACCCAAACGAGCCAAGUUCUCAACUUGGAUGGCACCAUGUAAGACAUCUGGGAAAACCUAGGACACAGCUCCCAAACUCUAAUCCUACCACUGACCAUUAUUGUGGC